GGAGUCUUGGGAUCACGUCUUAGUUGAAAGUUGCGUUUGACGCUGCACACGACUUGUUCGCUUCACCUUCACGGUAUUAUUAUGGUACUUACAGGUGCAAGCUAAGCCGUCGCUAACGCUGUUAAGCAUGGCCUCUCGGACCGUGUGAAACUGCGGACUUACGCGACACCGCGUCUUUCUGCACACGCCUAUGCCAUCGGGGGCCUCGGACAACAGACUAUCUGCGCCUCCGCAUAGCAAUGAUAACGACAACGCGUUAUGGCACGACCUCGCACAUGAAUGCGCCCUCGGCGCGAUCUACGACUCCAACGAACGAUACCCGCACCCACAGUGUCUCCCCGGCACCCGCGCGCGCCUCCUCAGCACGCUGCGGCAGCGCGUCGGCCAGGACGACAGGAGGAUUAUAUGGCUCAGGGGGGCGUCGGGCUGCGGCAAGUCCGCCGUCGCGCACACGUUCGCCGAGCAGCUGAGAGCGGAGGGCUUGCUUGCUGCCACGUUUUUCUUUUCGCGUGGGCAUGCGAGGCGGAACAACGUCAGCCGGUUUUUGAUUACCGUUGCGUAUCAACUUGGUCUGCACGGCGCUGAUGCGCGUGAGGCUAUCGUCCGAGCCAUUGCUGAAGAUCCGGCGCUGCUCUCGACGGAGAAGUCGCGUCAAGAGCAGCUGGAGAAGCUCGUACUCGCCCCGCUGCAGCGACUCGCUCCUCACUGGAAAGACAAGUCCAUGUGCCUAGUACUAGACGAUGUCGACGAGGCGGAGACAACCGAAACGGGCCAAAUUGCACCGCUCGUGUCCCUGAUAGCCCAGCUCAUCCGCGAUCCCAGCGUCCCCAUCGCCCAUAUCAUACUCGCAAGCAGAGCAACGCCCGAAGUUGAAGCAGCGCUCACUCACC